AUGUCUGACAAUAAGAUUUCAGUCGUCAUUUUGGGCAAUGAAGAGUCUUUGAAGAAAGCUCUAAUAACUGUCAUCCUGGGGACAGAUUUAUCUGAUACAAGAAAGCCCAGUGACACCACAGUAAACCUCGUUCUUCUGGGAUUGGCUGGGACUGGAAAGAGUGCCAGUGGAAACACCAUCCUUGGAAAGAAGCACUUUGUUUCUAAACCCAGUUCAAAUCCAGUCACCACAGAGUGUCAGGUGGCAGAAACUGAGAUAAAUGACUUACAUGUGCGUGUGAUUGAUACUCCAGACAUGUUUGGUGAUGACACUGAACCAUCAGUUCGGGACAAACAUGUAAAAAGGUGCAAAGAGCUCUGUGAGUCAGAACUCUGUGUAUUUGUACUUGUGAUGCAUAUGAACAGAUUUACAGAUGUUGAGAGAGACAUACUGAAAAAGUUAGAAAACACUUUUGGGACAAAAGUGAAAGAACAAACUGUCAUCCUGUUCACCCGAGGAGACGACCUGGAGGAGGCAGAAAUGAGCCUGGAGGAUUUUCUUCAUUCCUGUCAACCUGGUCUGAAGGAAAUCAUUGAAAAGUGCGACAACAGGUGUGUUGUUUUUGAGAACCGCAGCUCAAGUUCAGACCAGGUGGAAAAGCUAAUGAACACAGUGAGCACGGUGUUAAAGAACACAGCAAAGAUAGAUUAA